AUGCCUUUCCCGGAGACCCUGAACGCGAAGCCCAAAGUGAUCUUCUUCACCGACUUUGACGGCACAAUCACUCUGCAGGACACCAACGACUUCAUCACGGACAACUAUGGUAUGGGAAAAGCCGAGCGACGCCAACUCUUCCAUGCUGUAAUCGACGGCACCGAUACCUUCCGCAACACAUUCCAGAAGAUGCUGGAUUCAUGGAAGAUGCCUUUCCCUCGCAUCCUCGAGAUCUUGCGUGAAAACAUCUCCCUCGACCCUCAUUUCCGCGACUUCAUGGUUUGGGCCCGCGCCAACGACGUCCCCGUCAUUGUACUCUCCAGCGGCAUGGUCCCGGUCAUAGAAACGCUGCUCAAUCACCUGCUGGGCGAAGACCUAAUGUCGGACAUUGAGAUCGUGGCCAAUGAAACCCAACUGCGUGCUCCAGGCAAUUCGCUCGACAAAGCGGACGGCUGGACCAUCAAGUUCCGCGACAACUCAGAGUUCGGACAUGACAAGAGCCUGACCAUCCGACCGUACGCAGACACCAUCGUCAAAAUGCCUGAAAGCGAGAGACCCACGCUCCUGUACGCUGGAGACGGAGUCAGCGACUUGAGCGCUGCGCGAGAGACGGAUCUCCUCUUCGCCCGCGCCGGCCAGGAUCUCGUCACCUGGUGCGAAAGGGAGGGUAUUCCCUUCACCACCUUCGAGACCUGGGAUAGUAUCUUGCAGGAAACCAAGGAUAUCUAUGAAGGACGUAAGACGGUGAGGAAACUUGCGGAGGAAGGCCUGAAAAGAGUUCGAACCAAUUCUAUCGAGCAGAAUGGCACUGUCCGUCCAACUGUGAAAUAG